GGAGGAGGGGAGGGGGAGGUGACUUGGAUCGGAUUCCCCUGGGGUUUAACCAGUGCCUGGCCUUCAGCUGGGCUGCGUUCCAACUAGAUUCUCUUAGGGCUCCCAGAGUGGGGGGUUUUAGCCCUCACCUUAUGGGCAGAGAAGCAGGGACUUGCCCGGGGCACACUGCCAGUGAAGGUGCAGCUGGGAUUCAGAUCCACGUCUGACUCCCAAAGUGGGGCAAUCGAGGUGGUUUUUUUGGUUUGGUUUUGUCUUUUGAAACAGGGUCUGGGUCUGUCGUCACCCAGGCUGGAGUGCAGUGGCCCGAUCGCAGCUCACUGCAGCCUCAGUGAUCCAGCCUCCCGGGCUCACGUGAUCCUCCCUAGUGGCUGGGACUACAGGUGCAUGCCAUCACACCCAGCUAGUUGUGUUUUGUUUUUGUUUUUGUUUUUGUUUUUGUUUGGUAGAGAUGUGGGUCUCACUAUGUUGGCCGGGCAGGUCUUGAACUCCUGGGCUCAAGCGAUCCUCCUGCCUUGGCCUCUCAAAGUGCUGGGAUUACAGGUGUGAGCCACCGUUCCCGUCCUGGAGGUGGUUUUGAGGGAACCAAACCAAGGGUCUCCUUUCUUGGAAGGCACCCAACCCGGCUCUGAGUCAGACCGGCUUUCAAUCCUGGCUUCCCCAUGCACUGGCUGUGUGUCAUUGGCCAAGUCCCCCCACUUUUCUAAGCCUUAGACUCCUCACCUCUAAAAUGAAGCUGGUCAUGUCCGUCUCCCGGGGCUGUGGAGAGGAUGCAGGGAGAUGAGGAAGCGAAAGCCCCUCCAGGGCCUGGCACAGCCGCUAGGCUCUCUAAAUAGUGGCUAUUGUCAUGAUGAUAAGGGAGAGAAAGAUCUGGUCUGCAAUUUUCUCUGCUCCUAGAUGACUUUGUGAAGAGCAGUUGGGCUCCACUCCAAAGUGGCCUCAAUGGGGGUGGAGCUGGGGCUGUCCUGGAAACUAGACAUUCACAUCACAGGAGCCCAGUUCUGCUGUUGGUUUGUUGAAUAUAUGUCCACGACGCCACAGGCACUGCAGACAUGAGAGUCUGCCCCUAGGGAAUGCCCAGAUUGGUGUGGUGGAAACAGACACAGUUGUGGACUCCGGAACAAUUGUGAGACUGGGCAGCAUCGGGGAGCAUGGUGGAGGUUGAGGGGUGCUGGGCUCGGAGGCAAUGCCCAACUCAGCCAGCAGAAGCCCGCCUGUCUACGGAGGGGCUGCUGUUCCAAUCAAGCAUCCACAGGCAAAGGGAAGUUUGCCAGACAGUAAGGAUGGGGAAGGGCAUACCAGGUAGAGUGACCUGGAUCAGCCAAGGUCCCGGGUAAACAAGUGUGUGGCCUGAUGUACACGACUGAAGGGUCCAGAGGGGACGGCUGGGUCUGAUGGCGGUGCCAUGGUCUGUCUGGAAUGUAUCUUAAGGGCCGCGUGGAGCCAAGGAAGGGUUUAAGCAGGGCUGUGGCCUGGUCAGAUUGGGGGUUUAUGAAAAUCUUCAGACUUGUAAGGGGCGGGAUGGAUGGAAGGCUUGCAAGGAGAGAAGCUGCCAUGAGACCUGAAUUAGGUAAUGGGUAGUGGACAGAAGGGGCACAACUGCCCAUGCCUGGGAGGGGACAAAGGGGUGUUGACUCCUGUGAACCCACUUCCCAAGCUCUAUAUCAGAGCUCCUGGGCUGCAUAGGAGUGGCCAGGCUAACAACCUGACCCCUUCCCUUCCUCCCUGGGCAGCUCCCUGCGGUGUGGCCCCCCAAGCACGCAUCACAGGUGGCAGCAAUGCAGUCGCUGGUCAGUGGCCCUGGCAGGUCAGCAUCACCUAUGAAGGCGUCCAUGUGUGUGGUGGCUCUCUCGUGUCUGAGCAGUGGGUGCUGUCAGCUGCUCACUGCUUCCCCAGCGAGCACCACAAGGAAGCCUAUGAGGUCAAGCUGGGGGCCCACGAGCUAGACUCCUACUCCGAGGACGCCAAGUUCAGCACCUUGAAGGACAUCAUCCCCCACCCCAGCUACCUCCAGGAGGGCUCCCAGGGCGACAUUGCACUCCUCCAACUCAGCAGACCCGUCACCUUCUCCCGCUACAUCCGGCCCAUCUGCCUCCCUGCAGCCAACGCCUCCUUCCCCAACGGCCUCCACUGCACCGUCACUGGCUGGGGCCAUGUGGCCCCCUCAGUGAGCCUCCUGACGCCCAAGCCACUGCAGCAACUCGAGGUGCCUCUGAUCAGUCGUGAGACGUGUAACUGCCUGUACAACAUCGACGCCAAGCCUGAGGAGCCGCACUUUGUCCAGGAGGACAUGGUGUGUGCUGGCUACGUGGAGGGGGGCAAGGACGCCUGCCAGGGUGACUCUGGGGGCCCACUCUCCUGCCCUGUGGAGGGUCUCUGGUACCUGACGGGCAUUGUGAGCUGGGGAGAUGCCUGUGGGGCCCGCAACAGGCCUGGUGUGUACACUCUGGCCUCCAGCUAUGCCUCCUGGAUCCAAAGCAAGGUGACAGAACUCCAGCCUCGUGUGGUGCCCCAAACCCAGGAGUCCCAGCCCGACAGCAACCUCUGUGGCAGCCACCUGGCCUUCAGCUCUGCCCCAGCCCAGGGCUUGCUGAGGCCCAUCCUUUUCCUGCCUCUGGGCCUGGCUCUGGGCCUCCUCUCCCCAUGGCUCAGCGAGCACUGAGCUGGCCCUACUUCCAGGAUGGAUGCAUCACACUCAAGGACAGGAGCCUGGUCCUUCCCUGAUGGCCUUUGGACCCAGGGCCUGACUUGAGCCACUCCUUCCUUCAGGACUCUGCGGGAGGCUGGGGCCCCAUCUUGAUCUUUGAGCCCAUUCUUCUGGGUGUGCUUUUUGGGACCAUCACUGAGAGUCAGGAGUUUUACUGCCUGUAGCAAUGGCCAGAGCCUCUGGCCCCUCACCCACCAUGGACCAGCCCAUUGGCCGAGCUCCUGGGGAGCUCCUGGGACCCUUGGCUAUGAAAAUGAGCCCUGGCUCCCACCUGUUUCUGGAAGACUGCUCCCGGCCCGCCUGCCCAGACUGAUGAGCACAUCUCUCUGCCCUCUCCCUGUGUUCUGGGCUGGGGCCACCUUUGUGCAGCUUCGAGGACAGGAAAGGCCCCAAUCUUGCCCACUGGCCGCUGAGCGCCCCCGAGCCCUGACUCCUGGACUCCGGAGGACUGAGCCCCCACCGGAACGGGCUGGCGCUUGGAUCUGGGGUGGGAGUAACAGGGCAGAAAUGAUUAAAAUGUUUGAGCACAA